GCUACUGCCGCCUCAGUCGCCUCAGUCGCUCCAGUCUCCUCAGUCUUCUCAGACUUCUCAGACUUAGUCGCCUCAGGCUCCACCGCCACCGCCUAGAUCACCCCGUCCUCUAACCCUGACCCCGGCCCGGCAUCCUGCUGGCCGGCCCACGGACACGCCCUCUGGAGAGCCCCAGAAAUCAAGACUUCAUGUCCGAAGGAGCCACUACAAGGGGAGCCUGCGGGGGUCCCAGCCCCCCCUGCCAGCGAGGGCUAUCUACACAGAGAGAAGAUCUUCACAUGGUUCCAUGUAGGUGGGUUCCAUGACAAAAGUCAGGCCUUCCGUAAAACACCAGUUCCAGUUAUGAUGCUCUAAGUUACGACAAGUCUCAACAUUUGUGUCUAUGGAUCUGCUCUGACUCUUAGAGCCGCUUAUGGGGGAAGGUGACACCAUCUGGGCCCCAUCUGUCCUUCCUCACGGCACCCUUGGCACCUUAAGCCACCACCCCCAGCCGCAUUUUGGGAGAAGGAUGGAGUCCAAGGUCUCAGAAGGUGGCCUGAAUGUGACCCUGACAAUCCGCCUACUCAUGCAUGGAAAGGAAGUUGGGAGCAUCAUCGGGAAGAAAGGAGAAACUGUGAAAAAGAUGCGCGAAGAGAGUGGUGCCCGGAUCAACAUCUCGGAGGGAAACUGCCCAGAAAGAAUUGUGACCAUCACAGGUCCGACUGAUGCCAUCUUCAAGGCCUUUGCUAUGAUCGCCUAUAAGUUUGAGGAGGACAUCAUCAACUCCAUGAGCAACAGCCCUGCCACCAGCAAGCCCCCGGUGACGCUGAGGUUGGUGGUCCCUGCCAGCCAGUGUGGCUCUCUGAUUGGCAAAGGCGGCUCCAAGAUCAAGGAGAUCAGGGAGUCCACAGGUGCCCAGGUCCAGGUGGCUGGGGAUAUGUUGCCCAACUCCACAGAGCGGGCAGUGACCAUCUCAGGGACUCCCGAUGCCAUCAUCCAGUGUGUCAAGCAGAUCUGUGUGGUCAUGCUGGAGUCCCCACCGAAAGGUGCCACCAUUCCCUACCGCCCAAAGCCCGCCUCCACCCCUGUCAUUUUUGCAGGUGGUCAGGUAAGAGCCGACCCGCUCGCGGCCUCCACUGCCAACCUCAGCCUUUUACUGCAGCCCCCGCCGCUGCCCGCCUACACGAUCCAGGGACAGUAUGCCAUCCCGCACCCAGAUCAGUUGACCAAGCUCCACCAGUUGGCCAUGCAGCAAACCCCCUUUCCUCCCCUCGGACAGACCAACCCCGCUUUCCCCGGAGAAAAGCUGCCUUUACACUCCUCCGAAGAAGCUCAAAAUCUGAUGGGCCCGUCGUCAGGUCUGGAUGCCAGCCCCCCGGCCAGCACUCAUGAGCUCACCAUUCCCAAUGAUUUAAUAGGCUGUAUAAUUGGACGCCAAGGAACCAAAAUCAAUGAAAUUCGACAGAUGUCUGGAGCUCAGAUCAAAAUUGCUAAUGCCACAGAAGGGUCAUCAGAGCGCCAGAUCACCAUCACAGGGACCCCAGCCAACAUCAGCCUUGCCCAGUACCUCAUCAAUGCCAGGCUGACGUCUGAGGUCACUGGGAUGGGCGCGCUCUAAUCCUGCCCAGCGUCCUUUACACCGCGAACCCUGGCAUCCACCUGGCUCGCGCACUCUGUACAGACAGCCUAUCCUUCUCACAAAUACAAAUAGAGGUUUUCUUUACUAACAAAAUGGUCUGUGCCGUAGAGGUAUACAUGCUGACAAAGCAAGUCUAUAUCUACAGCUGUCUGUGAGCUCCAGGCCUGUCCCUGACUCUGCACAUUCAGUAACUUCUGCUCCGGUCCGCUCAAGCAUCCGCAUGCAGUGCUUAUUAUGUUCAAUGCUUGGGGGCGUUCCCAUCCGUGACAUUUUAGAAGUAUUGUUCCUUAGUGUCAGUGUAACUGUUUUAAGAGUUGGUUUGACAUUUUGACAGCACUUCCUAUCAGCUGUCCUCUCCUCAACCAUCUAGACUUGUGGCUGCCCCUCUCAUCUGCCCCACCUGCUGACUUUGUUUCCCCCUUGCUUGUUUUGGCCCACGUGUCCAUGCAAGUCUUGUGCUGGGUCAGGCUGCACCCUUCCCCUUGUUCUGAGGGAAGGAAAAGCGGGUGCCAGGUCCUGACCAAAGAGGUGGGGUGAAGGGGUUGCUAGGCUCUGACUUCACAGAGAUGUGUGUGGGGAGCCAUACAUGGGCCCUGGGUGGCUUCUGGGGUGGCUGGAGGGUGCGGACUGGCCAGGAAGUGCCUCUGCACCAUGUUGGAGUUCAAUAAAUG